UCAUGAGAUAUGAAUGUCUGGUCAUUUUUUCAAAGAAUUAUAUGAACAUAAUUUACUGUUUAUUUAACAUACAACAUUGUAAUUUAUUUUUAAAAUAGAACUUCAGACAUUAAUUAGUGAUUAAGUAAUAAUGUAUUUUACUAAAUAUUAGGAUUUUAAGUAAAAGCUACUCGUUUUAGUUUGCGAUAUUUAUUAAAUAUAAAAAUGAUUUUGUUACAUUCAGUUGCCUCAAACUUUUAUAGAAAAUUUGGUCGACAAUACUCUCAGCUAAAAUAUUACAAUUCAUUAUGUAUUGGAUCCUAUCGAAUUGUACACCGAGAAAGUUUUUUUGCAACAAAUAUGAAUCAGAAACUAAAUAGGAGUAUUUCUACUUCUGCGAUUUUUAAUGAUAAAAUUGAAGGGAAAGAUUCUAAGGAUGUCAUGGAUAAAUUAAAUCCAAGUGAUGUGGCGAAAGAUACGAAAAAUUCACUUAAAAAUAAAUCAUUGGGUGAUAUAAUAGUUAAGACUGAAACUGAUGCGGACAAUGUUAUUACUAAAGUAACUAUAGAGAAAGCUAAGCCAAAAGAAAUUCAAGAAAAUGUUAAUAAAGUUACACCUCCAAAAAAGAAAAGACUUUUAAUUGAUUUUUCUGCUUCAUACACCGAGCGAAAUUUUAUAACACCUAUGAGAGCUAUGACUGAAUACUUACUGAAGCAGUCAGACUUGGAAAUAUUACCAAAAGUUCUUAGAAGAUCACCAUAUGAAGCAGAACCACCUAUUACAGUUUAUUAUAGGAAAGAUGUUGAGUCUAAAGCUAUUGAGAUUUGGGGUUCAAAAGAAGCUCUUGACAAAGAACUUUUACGUAGAGAAUUGGAUAGAAGAAGAUAUGAGCAAGAUGUGUUUACUGUCAAAAGGAGACUUAGAAAUUAUAGGAGAGAAAUGGGCCAUAAAAGAUUGAAGCAUGGUGUUGAAGAAUUGGGCUUAAAAACAGUCUCGGGAAGAGUUGUGCUAACAGCCGUUGGAAUAAAUGGUUGUAACUUUCUUUUCAAGCUUUGUGCAUGGUUAUACACGGGAUCACACAGCUUAUUUUCUGAAUGUAUACAUUCUCUUGCUGAUACUGUUAACCAACUUAUAUUAGCAUAUGGCAUACAUAAGUCUGUACAAAUAGCAGAUCCUGACCAUCCAUAUGGCUACACAAACAUGAGAUAUGUUUCUUCAUUGAUAUCUGGUGUUGGUAUCUUUUGUGUGGGAUGUGGUUUGUCAUUCUACCAUGGAGUUACUGGUAUUUUAGACCCUCAACCUCUGCAUGAUUUCUACUGGGCCUAUUUCGUCCUCGGUGGAGCUGUAGUUUCAGAAGGGGCUACAUUAAUGGUUGCUCUAAAUGCCAUUAAAAAAGGAGCUAAAGAAGCUAACAUGACUUUGUAUGAAUAUGUAAUGCGAAGUUCAGAUCCAUCAGUAAAUGUUGUUUUGUUUGAAGACACUGCAGCAGUAGCUGGUGUUAUUGUAGCUGGUAGUUGCAUGGCAAUAUCGCAGUACACGGGAAGUCCGCUUCCAGAUGCAAUAGGUUGCAUUCUAGUUGGCACUCUCCUUGGUGGUGUAGCAUCUUUUAUUAUACUUAGCAAUGUUGGUGCUCUUAUUGGAAGAUCUAUUCCACAAGAACAAUUAGAUGAAAUAAAUAGUGUGCUAGAAAGGGAUUUCAUGAUAAGAGCUAUACAUGACGUAAAGGGUAUAGACAUAGGAAGUAAUCUUAUAAGAUAUAAGGCAGAAGUAGACUUUGACGGUAGAGCUCUAACUAGAUCAUAUUUAGAAAAACAUGACUUAAACUUGUUGUUAGAGGAUAUGAAAAAAAUUGAUACCAUAGAUGAUGUUGAAGCAUUCUUACUAAAACAUGGAGAAAAUAUUGUUGAUAUGUUGGGUGGAGAGAUUGAUAGAAUAGAAUUAAAAUUAAGGAAAAAGUUUCCACAAAUUCGGCACUGUGAUUUGGAGAUUCUUUAAAAAAAAAAGAUUAUUGCUAACUGACUUAAAAGUUAUAUUUAAAUAGCAGUUAUUUAAAAAAAGAUUCCAGUUAUAACCAAUAUAAAAGCAAAAACACUGUUUUUUAAAAUAAUAUGUAUGCAUCAUGCAAAAACCACUGGAUGAAAUGAUAUACACACUUUAAUGAACUUCUCGGGUUGGUGAUAGUUUAUAUCCAUAGUCAAUAUUUAGAUCUCGUUUUACCUCAUGCAGUAGGCAACUUUGGGAUACUGAAAAAUUAUUAAAUUAUUUCCAUAUAAAUGAAAAUUGCUUAAAAAAUUCUAUUACUAAAAAUAUUAAAUUAUCCUGUAUAGAAAAUAAAUGUUAUUUGAUUAAUUGUUAUUUAUUUUUGUUUAGAAUAUAAAUAACUUUACCAUUUAUAUAAACUAGCUAGUUAAAAGUUUAACAUCCUAAAUAACUCCAAAAUACAAUUUCCCAAAUAUUUUUUACAAUCUUACAUUUGAAUAUGUAUCUGUGAAAUCCUGAAACUAAAUUUUAAAUUUGUAGUUCCACCCAAUCAACAAUGGAAAUAUUAUACAUAAUUUUGGUGCUGGUGACAAUACUAUUUAGUAAGCUAAAUGUUAUUAGUUUCAGUACCUAUAGAGAUUAAUCAGUUUUGUAUAAAAAUAUAAUUUUAAUUCACUGCUAUUUUCAAAUAAUACCUUAUUAUUAAUUCAUAAUAACAGUGUUUUUUAAAA